ACAAAAAAAAAAAAAAAGUAAAAUAAUAAUAAAAAAAGAUACCAAAUUACAAAUAAACCUAAUAACCAUUCUAACGUGAACAACAAAGCUUCCCAAUUUCAUUCCGAAAAUCCUCUCGAUUUGAUCGCCGCCGAAUCCAGUAAGCUUUCUGCUCGCAAAUCAGUCAGUCGUUUAUCCUUUCUCGUUUAAUCGGAUGUCAUCAUCAACAGCAGAGUUUGUGGCCUCACUAGAUGAUCUUCUGGCAAAGAUUUUAUUACAUCUACCUGUGAAAUCUCUAGUUCGAUUCAUGUCGGUGUCGAAGAGAUGGAAAUCUUUGAUCACCGGCGCUUGUUUCCCCUUCCCACAUUGUCCCGCCUCCGGCCGGGCUGUUGGAAUGUUUUUACUUGGCCGUAAGAAAGCUGCAUUUCAUUACAUACAUUUAGAUGUCCGAAACCCUUCCAACCGCCGCUUUAACGAGCUUGAAUUCCCGGACGAUCCUUACGCAUUUUGGAUUCAUCAUGCUUGCAAAGGAUUGCUCCUCUGUUGCAGCUACGGAAAAGUUCAUCUCGAUCGAAGAAAUAUAAAACCUCCUAUUCGAAUAUGCUAUGUGUUGAAUCCGACUCUGAAUCUUUUCGUCAAGCUUCCGCGACCUGGCGUGACGAACGGCGUUCCGAGGUUUGUGCUUGGAGUAACUUUAGCCUUCGACCCCGCAAAGCCUCCGUAUAAAGUGGUUUGCGUUCGCGGGUCAGAGUUUGCCGUAAAGCUCGUUCAAGUUGAGGUAUAUUCGACUGAAUCUGGGAAGUGGAGUGUGGCUGGGGAACCGUUCGCGGCUGAGUUCGAUUUUUGGAAUGGAGUGUAUUCGAACGGCGCAGUUCAUUGGCUUCAUAACGAGGCUGACGAGCUUUUGUUCUAUAACGUCGAUGAGGACAAGUUCGGAAAGAAUUUGCUUCCUUGUUCGAGGAGAGGAAUCAGAUACUUUGGGGAGUCGAAUGAUAAAUUUCAUAUUGUCGUAUGCAAUUAUUGGAACGAAAUUACGCUGAUGAUCUACGAGAUGGAGAAGGAUCGAUCGGGUUGGUUUGUAAAGUACAAAGUUCAUAUCUUGCCCCAAUUAGCUGCUUUCCGCGGUCGGGCUUAUGCCAAUUUGGAAUUUCCGUUGAUUGAUGCGGACUUGGCGCUCGACUUUUCUAGCUUUUCCGUGUUACGGUUAGUUCAGGGUGAGAAUCGAACUUCUUUCUUGGUUGCCAAGAUUUUUAAUAAGGUUGUGGUGCUCGAUCUUUCGAGCUAUGCUUUUCGAGCGGGGAAUGAAAUUGUUGGGAGCGCGCCAUCGGAAGAAAAUGGAUUCGAAAAGAUACCGGAUUUUGAAGUGAUAGAUGAACUUGAGGAGGAGGAUGAUCUUUUGUAUGUUCCUUGUCGCGCUUUCGAAUACAUCCCGUCGCUUAACAUGUUUACGACUCCUCAUUUGUGUUGAUAUAUGUUUAAACUUUAAACUCAUGUCAGCAAUGCGCAUAUUAAAGUGACACAAUAUUGUUUUGAAACGAACUUGC